UUAAGGACACAUUGUCUGGAACGAGGAUGUGGUGGGAUUAGGGGAUUAGGAUUAAUGUUCCGGCAUCUGGAUAAAGAUUAUUCCAAACGAAUAACCCUAGACGAAUUCAAAGAUGGAAUAGAUUUCUAUGGAUUGAAAUUAUCGGAGAGCUAUGUCCGGAAAUUAUUUGAAGUCUUGGAUAAAGAUAAUUCUGGUGGGAUAGACUUCUGUGAGUUUAUGUUAGAGCUAAGGCCUGAGUUAUCACCACUUAGAAAACAAGUUAUUGAUGAAUGUUUCAAUUCUUUGGAUAAGAAUCAAGACGAAAUUUUAAAUAUCCACGACUUAAAAGGU